AUGCGUGGAGUUAUUUCUCAUGAUUUUCUUGAUCCAACAAGCAGCAAAGAAAUUGAGAACAUAAUUCACUGCUGUCUUCAACAUUUUGAGUAUGAUGAUGCAGUAAUUCUGGCUGAAUUGUAUCAUGAGACUGUGAAUACAGGUGAUUCUCUAUAUUUGUAUGCAUAUUGCUUGGCUCGCGCUGAACGUUUAGAAGCGGUAUAUAGUUUACUGAAGCUCAAAUUUUUAACAUCUUCUCCAGAAAUUCGUUAUUUAUUUGCACAUUGCUGUUAUCAUCUUGAAAGAUAUCAAGAAGCUGAGUUAUCUCUACGCAUACAUGAUCAGCCAAAAUUGGAUGAUUGUUUUAUCAGUACAUCGGUGGAGUCAUUUGCUCAUAGCCUUCUUAGCAGAAUUUUGUUAGAAACUGGUCGACCUGAAGAAGCAGCUAACGAGUGUCAUUUAGCUCUGAAUCAGAAUGUAUUUUCUUGGACAAGUUUGAAAACAUUAUGCAGUUUGGGUGCAGGAAAUCCGGAACAUGUCUACUCAACUUUGUUGAAAUGUGUCAAGAAAGCUCGUGCAGCGGAUAAACCUAAAAGUUCAAAGCGCACAGGAGCAGCCACUAAACGUUCAGGGAAAUCAACUAAAAAUCUAGAAAGAAAGACACCAAGUGGUAGUAAAGAAGCUGAACAAAAGAUCACUUGCUUUGCACCAAAAAAAACCAAAGCGUGUGUAGCCUCUAAACGAAACAUGGAAUUAAAUAUGCCUCGAAAAGAGGGCAUGGAAACUCGACGUACUACUCGUUCGUAUACAGUUUUGCAUGACAGUGAAAAUCAAACUCUUUCCAAAGAUUUAAGGACUUGUACGCGUUCUCGUGUUGCAGGUUUAUCAACGGGUCGAGCAUUGCGUUUACAAGACAAACAAUUACGCUCUAUGAAUCGCAUUAAUGAAUUGGAGUUACCAAAUGCUCCAUCACCAGAAAUAUCUUCAAUUCAUAAAUUAAUGGAAUCAAAUCAUGGAUUGACAGAUACACCAUCUAAAGUUCAGUCCGAAGCUGCUCAAGAAGCACAGAGAAACCUGGUGAUUGGUACCCGUUCAGGCUCUCAGCCUGGUGUUUUUCCAUUAUUCUCAUAUGAUCAAAACACAGUAAAAUUCAAACAAGAACCGGAAUUAUUAUCGAAUGUAUUCUCGCGUUCGUCAUCCAGUGCUUCAAUAACGUCUUCAACUUGUUCAUCACAAUUACGUAGCCACAAGAAGUCCUCAUCAGAAACGUGUACUCAAAUAAUGCAGCGUCUACAAGCGUUUAUUUUAAAUCCACCAUCAUUAAAUCGUCUUCAAUGUUGUACUGCUGAUUGGUCUUCUUGUUUUGCAACGGUGGUAGAAUAUACUAGUUGGUUAGCAAUGCUUCACUGUGCUGUAGCAGCGUAUCAAUCAAAUGGUGUAAUUGAUUGGUACGGUAAAAUGCCUGAAAAAUGCAAAAAAUUUGCUUUGGCACGAGAAAUGUUGGCUAGAGCCUAUCUAGAAAAGCUUGAUUACACGAAGACAAUAGAAAUCUUGGAGGAGCUUCAUCGAGAAUUUCCUCAUCGUGUUUCAGGCAUGGAAAUUCUUUCAACUGCAUUAUGGCAUGCGCAAGAUUCUCGUCGAUUAUCUGUACUUGCCAUGCAAAUAACAGAGGAAAGCCGUUCUUGUGCUGAAAGUUGGUGUGUUGCUGGAAAUUGCUUCAGCGUUCAAAAACAGCACGAUGUAGCCAUUGAAUGCUUUGAACGUGCGGUUACAGUUAAUUCUCGUUUUCCAUAUGCUUAUACGUUGCGUGCACUUCUUCUUUGUCCCACAGAUUACCGUGCAUGGUUUGGAUUAGGCUUACUGCAUUUCAAAAAGGAACAGCUGAAUCUUGCUCGUGUUCACCUAACCAGAGCUGUUGCCAUAAAUCCAUUCAAUUCAGUUCUGUUGUGCCAGUUGUCCAUUGUUGAACAGUCACUUCAUAAUAAUAACACGGCAAUGGAUUUAUUACAAAAAGCUCUGAAAAUUUCACCCGAUAACGCUGCUUGUAAAUUCUAUCGUGCUCGUUUGCUGUUUGAAAUGCAUGAUUAUGCUCAGUGUCUUGAAGAAUUAAAUGAUUUAAAACUUAUUGCUCAUGAUGAAGCACAGGUAUUUUUUCUUUUGGGCCGCGUUCACAAAAAGCUUGGUGACACACAUCUAGCUUUGCUAAACUUUAGUUUAGCCACAGAAAUGGAUCCUCGAGGUGAGCAGAGUCGUAAUAAUUUCACUGAUGCACCAUAUGAUGACGAACCAUGCUGUCUACCACCCGAUUGA